GCUUACCACUUGCUAUUGCUAUUGCUAUUGCUAUUGCUCAAAGUUAAAUCAAUCAUUGUGGGGAACCGCCAUUGAUGGGCUUGCAUGGACAAACCUCACUUCCUCCAUUAAUUUCUUUGUAACUCACUGAACAAGCAUUACCCAGAUCCUGUCUCUCACUGCUGCUUCUCUGAGGCUUCAACCAUGGCUCUUCCCCCAUCUUCACCUUCAGUUAUGCUUCUACUCUACUUCCUCCUUUUCUGGACGUUCUUGCUAGGUGGCAAUGGCAAUGGCAAUGGCGUUGUGGUGGCCGCAGCUUCUCGAUCGACAGCUCUACGGUUUGCCACUGAGUUUGAUUCUGCUUCCUCUAGGAGAAUUCUUCUUAACAAUGGUCUCGCUCUAACUCCUCCGAUGGGAUGGAAUAGUUGGAACCAUUUUCAAUGUAAUUUAAACGAGAAUUUAAUCAAGGAAACAGCGGAUGCAAUGGUAUCCACCGGACUUGCUGCAUUAGGAUAUCAGUAUAUCAAUUUAGAUGAUUGUUGGGCUGAACUUGACAGAGACUCUAAGGGUAAUUUGGUUGCUAAAGCUUCAACGUUCCCUUCUGGUAUUAAGGCCCUAGCAGAUUAUGUUCAUAGAAAAGGGCUCAAGCUUGGAAUUUAUUCGGAUGCUGGGAUCCGAACUUGCAGUAAAAGGAUGCCUGGUUCCCUUGGUCACGAAGAACAAGAUGCAAAAACUUUUGCCUCAUGGGGGAUUGAUUACUUGAAGUAUGAUAACUGUGAAAAUACUGGGACAAGCCCAAAAGAAAGGUAUCCAAAGAUGACUAAAGCCUUACAACAAUCUGGGAGACCCAUACUUUUUUCAUUAUGCGAAUGGGGACAAGAAGAUCCAGCAACUUGGGCAGUAAAUGUAGGAAAUAGUUGGAGAACAACAUCAGAUAUUCAAGAUAACUGGAUUAGCAUGACAACCAUUGCUGAUCAGAAUGACAAAUGGGCUUCUUACGCUAAACCAGGAGGAUGGAAUGAUCCUGACAUGCUUGAAGUGGGGAAUGGAGGGAUGACCAUUGCAGAAUACCGUUCUCAUUUUAGCAUUUGGGCACUGGCAAAAGCUCCAUUGCUGAUUGGAUGUGACAUCAGAUCAAUGGACAACAACACCAUGAAACUGUUAAGUAACAAGGAGGUUAUUGCAGUUAAUCAGGAUAAGCUUGGAGUACAAGGAAAGAAGGUCCAUAAAUAUGGAGACCUCGAGGUUUGGGCAGGGCUGCUGAGUGGUAAAAGAGUCGCUGUGGUUCUAUGGAACAGAAGUUUAUGGCGAGCCAAUAUCACGGCAUAUUGGUCUGAUAUAGGUUUGAGUUCAUCAACUACAGUUACUGCUCGAGACCUAUGGGAGCAUUCCAGCCAGGUGGUUCGACAUCACCUUACUGCUCAAGUAGACUCUCAUGACUGUAAGAUGUUUGUCCUCACACCUCACUAAUCAGCCAAAUUAUGAGAUAGCUUUCUUUCUGUAUGAUUACUCUUCACAAUUCAUCUACAUGUACUUCCACUCUAUGUGAUUGUGUUUUCUGGGAAUUUUACAUUUCGAAAUCACACAUUCUUAAAUAAUGAGCAAGGUGAUCUGGAGCAGUUUAAC